CAUAAAUCCAAGUCGAUAAUAAUGGGUGGAUCACCAUCAACGGCAAAGAAUACCAGCAAAACAAUGGUAACUACAACUUCCAACAACUCACGAAAAAGGGUGGUAACAGAGAAACAGCUAUCCUCCAUUGAAGCUCUGGUUGGUUCUGUUGACUUGGAAAGGGCUGUGGCCACCAUAGUUCUGGUUUUCUACACCUCAGAGCGGGAUGGCAGACUCAGCAGAGCUGGGGUCCGGGACCUGUUACUGACACACUUCCAGGCCUUCACCAGGGGUCAAGAGAUUAAACCAAAAUACAAGGAGAUCUUUGGGGAGUUGGAGGCAGAUGGAGAAAAGAAGAUCGGUCUGGAAGACUUCCUGCUUUUCAUCAUCAGUCUCACUGUCACAUCCGAUCUGCUUCCAGAUAUCCAUAGAGCUGCACUGUAAAAUCACCCAAAGGAGCCACCGGAUCAGGAGUCUGAUCCGAUUCUAUAUUCAGAUAUCCUAAAUUUGGAGAUUGCAUUUUAAAAUGAGUGUCAAUGUAGCUUUGGCUUUCACUUUAUGUUCCUCGAUGAUGUUACAAUAUUUAAAGGGACAAUUCCUGUCUUACAGUAACAUGUAAAAACAAAAGCAUGAUGUCUGUUAGACCAAGAGGGAAAUGCCUUUGCUUUGCAUGCCAACGUAGGCCUCGAACAUUAGAGCAGUGGUUCUCAACUGGUCUAAUCUCAGGACCCUCAUUUGGCCUUGGUCAUUAAGUCACAACACAAAAAUAAUUGAAUUUCCGAACCAUUAUAAUUUAUUUCACAAAAUAAAUCGUGCAGUAAUCAUUUGUGUUCGAGACGCACAUUUCAAAAUAAAAGCGCACCAUCGUACGUUUGGUAACUACCUUCGGUAAAGAAAAGUUUGACCUUUUAAAUGACCCUGUCUGUGACCCUCUCCACUCCAGCUCGCGUCGGGGCCCACCAGUUGAGAAACACGGCCUUAUAGUCCAGUCAUGUUAAGCCAAAAUGCUGGUCAACCUAAGACAAAUUGCAACAGAAGCAAACUCAACUGAUUUUGUAUCCUCAAUGUGUCCUGCAAGGAAAAAAGCCCUGAAGAAUCCCAUGAGGGGAAAGUUUCGAAAAAGACCCAAAUAUAGCCUAUUCAUACGCCUAUUCAUUAUUUUUCUCAUGUGAAUAGGCUAAAACUUGUAACCUUUAGAUAUCACUAUGAAAAUUACUGAGUUGAUUACUGUAAGACAAACAAAAACUGUAUUAAUAAUAAAUAAAUAAAAAUUGGGGGUAACAUGAUCAAACGCUGCAUAAUAAUGUUUGUGGGUAGACUUGGGUUCCAUUCAGACCUUAACAUUAAGGCUGUGUCUACUACCGCGCACUUUACAAAGUAGCCUACACUGCAAUACAGUGCACUGCA